AAGUCGUCUUCGAUACGCGUCUUAUAAAAUACUGUCAAUAUGAAAUUCUUCAUCGCCUUCGCCCUCAUCGCCGUGGCUUCGGCCGCCGUCAGGCCCACCCCUGCGGGCGCCGAGCUCGCCGAGCUGCAGGAGAUCAUCGCCGCCAUCCAGAGCCCCAGCACCGACCCCGCCACCGCAGCCGCGCUCGAGGAGAUGCUCCUCGAUGUGUUGGGCGUCAAGCCUGAGCCCGUCGCCGUCGGCCCCGCUAUCGUCGAAGCUGGCUCCGAGCCCAUCUCUGUCGGCCCCGCCCUCAUCGACUUCCCCUUGCCCGACGGUGGCGUUGUUGCUGAAGAGUCCGUCGUCGCCCCCGCCCCCGUUGUGAUCGCUCCCGCCCCCGCCGCCUCCAGCACUCCCCUGGUCCAGAUCAUCCUGAACAUCAACCAGGCCGCCGCUGAGGCCAGCCCCAUCGCCGUCGGCCCCGCCGUCAUCCCCGAGCCUAUCAUCAUUCCUACACCCGUCCAGGUUGUGGAAUCCGCUCCUGAACCCGUGCAGGUUGUGGAGGUCGCCCCCGUCCCCGCUGAGCCCGUCCAGGUCGUCGAGGCUGCCCCCGUGCCCGUGGAGCCCGUCGUCAUCGGCACCCCCGUGCUGCCCGAGGCCGCCGUCGUCCUCCCCGAGGAACUCAACUAAUAUGUGACGCACGACUUUGUGGUUCUCAUAUUCGUUUACUGUGUCUAAAAAAUGUUUUUACAUUGUGAUACAAUAAAAGGAAUUUGCGAACAAUA